UUUGCCUGAUGUGAGCCGUCGUGUGUGUCGGCUAGCGGAGCUUGAAGCAAAGAGCCGCAGCGACAGGAUGGGGAAAAAACAGAAGAAAUCCGGAGAGGACAGUGCCAAAGAUGACGGCAUCGACAUCGACGCUUUGGCGGCCGAGAUCGAAGGAGCCGGGGCCUCCAAGGAGCCAAAAGGGAAGAAAAAGAAGAAAGGAGCCAAAAAGGACGACUUUGAUGAGGACGACAUCCUGAAGGAGCUGGAGGAGUUGUCUCUUGAGACUCAGGGAGGAAAAGCAAAGAAAUCAGACGCCACAGAAGAAGUGGAGAGCUACGAGCCUCCCAAAGAGAAGAAGAAGACGAGGAAGGGGAAGAAGGGCGGUGCCAGCCUGGAGGAUGAGGACGGUGACGAAGGUGAAGGUCAGGGUGAAGGGGAGAAGAAUGGAGAGCAGAAAGAUGCCAAGAAGGCGCCUCCUGCUGCUCCCCCCUCUGACUCUGAUGACGACAGCAGCUCGCGCUCUCGAGUCAAGACCAAAGGAAACAAGAAAGGAGGCAAACAACCGUCAGUGUCUGAUGAAGAGGAGGACAAAGACGAGGAUGAGGGCAUGAAGAAAGGAGGAGGAGGGAAGGAGAACGAGUCAGACGACGACGACGAUGAAGAGUUCACAUCCAGGAGAGACAAAAAGAAGAAGAACAAGGGCAAAGCAGCGAAGGCAGACAGCGAGGAUGAAGAGGAGCAGAACGAAGACGAGCCGGGCUUCAAGAUGAAGACGGCGGCGCAGAAGAAGGCGGAGAAGAAGGAGAGGGAGAGGAAGAAGAAGGAGGAGGAGAGGAUGAAGCAGAAGAAGCAGAAGGAGAAGGAGACCAGCACAGAGGCGAAGAAAGAGCCAGAAAAGAAGACGACAGAGGCCACGCCCCCUCAGAUAGAAACACCUGGAGGAGCGGCAGCUGAAGAACCUGAAGGGGCGGAGCCAGCAGCUGAAGAGGAAGGCGAGAGCGACAAGAAGAAGAAAGACAAAAAGAAGAAGAAAGGAGAGAAGGAGGAAAAGGAGAAGGAGAAGAAGAAGGGACCCAGCAAGGCCACAGUGAAGGCCAUGCAGGAGGCUCUGGCCAAGAUGAAGGAGGAGGAAGAGCGAGCCAAGAGGGAGGAGGAGGAGCGUAUAAAGAGGCUGGAGGAGCUGGAAAAGCAGAGGCAGGAGCAGGAGCGUCUGGAGCAGGAGCGUAAGGAGAAGAAGAAGCAGAAGGAGAAGGAGAGGAAGGAGCGUCUGAAGAAGGAGGGGAAACUGCUGACAAAAGCUCAGAGGGAGGCUCGAGCUCGGGCCGAGGCCACGCUGAAGAUGCUGCAGGCUCAGGGUGUUGAAGUGCCAUCCAAAGACUCGAUGCCAAAGAAGAAGCCGGUUUACGACCGCAGGAAGAAGAAGCCAAACGCUCCAACACCUGAAGAAACCUCCGGGGUUACGUCUCCUGUGUCUGAGACUCCUGAGCCCGUAGCCAUGGAGACGGAGGCUGAGGCUCCCGCUGCAGAGACAGAGGUGAAACCAGACGCUGCUGUGGACGACUGGGAGGCCAUCGCCACUGACGAAGAGAAAGAGCUGAAGAAAGUCCACAUCGAGGUAAAGGAGGAGACCGCCGCUCCUCCUCAGCCAGCGGGCAGCGAAGAGGAAGAGGAGGAGGAAGAAGAGGAGGAGGAUGAAGAGGAUGAGGAGGAGGAUGAUGAGGAGGAAGAGGAGGAGAGCGAAGAGGAGGCAGAGAAGGAGACAACGACGGCGACUCAGACGAAAAGGAGAGCAAAGGAGAGCGAGGACGAGAGCAGUGAGAGUGAUGAUGAUGGCAGGACGAAGGAGGAGCGGCUGUAUGACAGAGCGAAGAGGAGGAUAGAGAAACGCAGAGCAGAGAACCUUAAAAACACGGAUUUUGACACUCUUAGGGCUCCUGUAGUCUGUGUACUCGGUCACGUCGACACGGGAAAAACAAAGAUCCUGGACAAGCUACGACACACUCAUGUUCAGGACGGAGAAGCCGGAGGAAUCACGCAGCAGAUCGGCGCCACCAACGUCCCUCAGGAGACGAUCCUGGAGCAGACCAAGAUGGUUAAAAAUUUCGACAGAGACAACCUGAAGAUCCCCGGCAUGUUAAUCAUCGACACACCUGGACACGAGUCCUUCAGUAAUUUGAGGAACAGAGGAAGCUCUCUGUGCGACAUCGCCAUCCUCGUGGUUGACAUCAUGCACGGCCUGGAGCCCCAGACGCUUGAGUCCAUCAACCUCCUCAAGGAGAAGAAGUGUCCCUUCAUUGUCGCCCUCAACAAGAUUGACCGUCUGUAUGACUGGAAGAAGAGUCCGGACACUGAUGUCGUGGCCACGCUGAAGAAGCAGAAGAAGAACACCAAGGAUGAGUUUGACGAGAGAGCGAAGGCCGUCAUUGUAGAGUUUGCUCAGCAGGGUUUGAAUGCCGCCUUGUUCUACGAGAACAAAGACCCCCGGACGUUUGUAUCGUUGGUCCCAACCUCGGCCCACAGCGGGGACGGGAUGGGAAACCUCAUCGCCCUAUUGGUUGAGCUUACGCAGACCAUGUUAGCACGCCGAAUAGCACACUGUGAUGAGCUGCGAGCUCAAGUUAUGGAGGUGAAAGCUCUGCCCGGGAUGGGAACCACGAUAGACGUCAUCCUGAUCAACGGACGUCUGCGGGAGGGAGAGACCAUCAUCGUCCCGGGAGUGGAGGGACCAAUCGUGACACAGAUCAGAGGGCUGCUGCUGCCGCCGCCUUUGAAGGAACUCAGAGUCAAGAGUCAGUACGAGAAGCACAAGGAGGUGUCGACGUCUCAGGGAGUGAAGAUUCUGGGUAAAGAUCUGGAGAAGGCGCUGGCAGGGCUCCCUCUACUGGUGGCUCAGCGGGAUGACGAGGUCCCUGUCCUGAGGGAUGAGCUGGUACGAGAGCUCAAACAGACGCUAAGCUCCAUCAAACUGGAGGAGAAGGGAGUUUACGUCCAGGCGUCCACGCUGGGAUCGCUGGAGGCCCUGCUGGAGUUCCUCCGCACGUCUAAAGUCCCUUAUGCAGGGAUCAACAUCGGUCCAGUACAUAAGAGGGACGUCAUGAAGGCGUCUGCGAUGCUGGAGCACGACCCUCAGUAUGCCGUGAUUUUAGCGUUUGACGUGAAGGUGGAGAGAGAGAGUCAGGAGAUGGCCGACAGUCUGGGCGUUCGGAUCUUCUCGGCUGAAAUCAUCUACCAUCUGUUCGAUGCGUUCACCAAAUACAGAGAGGACUACAAGAAGGCCAAACAAGACGAGUUCAAACAUAUAGCCGUUUUCCCCGUGAAGAUAAGAGUUCUUCCUCAGUUCAUCUUCAACUCCAGAGAUCCUAUCGUGAUGGGCGUGUCUAUUGAGGCCGGCAUCCUGAAACAGGGAACGCCGCUCUGCGUCCCCAGUAAAGGGUUUGUGGACAUCGGUGUGGUCACCAGCAUCGAGAUCAAUCACAAAGCGGUCGACACCGCCAAGAAAGGCCAGGAGAUCUGCGUCAAGAUCGAGCCCAUUCCCGGAGAGUCGCCCAAAAUGUACGGCCGCCAUUUUGAAGCCACUGAUAUCAUCGUGAGCAAGAUCACGCGGGCAUCCAUCGACGCUCUGAAGAACUGGUUCAGAGACGAGAUGUCCAAACCGGACUGGCAGCUCAUCAUGGAGCUGAAGAAGACCUUCGAGAUCAUCUGAGGGGCCGAAACCCACAAACACGCUCAUGAAUCCACACUUUAAUACACACUUCCUCCUGCUGACGACCACGACAGACACGGGAGGAGGAACCUGUAACGAAAUAAUCAAUUUAAAGAAGUGAAAGUGUUUUUCUGUGAGAAACGAACCGUUUUUUCCACUGUUGUAAACAGUGAUAGUUUAGAACACACAACCAUACACAAAAACACACACAUCUACACACUCAGUAUUCCAACGUGCCUGUUCUUCAGCAUCAACGUUGUUGUUUUCUUCUUCUCUGCUCUGAUUUGUGGCUGCUGCUUCGUGUCCCAGGCUGCUCCCUGUUCCCUCCCAGACUGAUGCUAACAAGCUUUCAGCCCGACCAGGUGCAUUGUGGGAUUGUACUACGCAGCAACAGGGCUGAAGGAGGACUAUUUUGUUUUCUUUUCAUAAAUCACCAAAUCAUUGAGGCAGCGGCGAUGGCGUCAACUUUAGAGACUUUGCCCAGCUGACUCAGCGGUGCAGUUUGUCGGCCAUGUAGGAUGGAUGGCGUGUGGUGGAGGUUUGAGUGAGAGGAGGUGACCUCUGGGAGAUUUUAAACUGUUUUUGCUGCAACUGCUGAUGUAAUAAAAUUCCCAUGAUUCUGAUGAAACCUGAGGCUCCUGGGUGUAAAUGUCUACAGAAUAACUGAAGUAUUGAAUUCCACCACCAGGGGACUCUCAGUCAAAGGAAUAAGACAUGAUGAGGAGGGUAGAUAGGAGUGCCCCCCUCUUAUUCCAACCCAGGAUACAGGACUACCUAGAGCAGGGGUCAUCGAGAACAUUUGCACAAAUGCCAGAUUUAGUCUCGACAGGGCUGGACUU